GAAUAUGUUUGUUGUGUUGUUGAGUUUGUUGUUUUUGUUCCACUGUAUCUACACUUCCGAGACCCUCCUCCACGACCUGUGCUCUAUAUUCGUUCUGCGCAUGUGCACAUAAAACUAACAGACAUUUUGAUAUAGGUUGUGUGGGCUAUAGCGUAUCGGCAGCAUACUGAGCGUAGAAGUAUUUGGGCGCUGACACUACCCUUGGAAGAUUUUUAGCAAAACAGACCACAGCUUCUUCGGACAUAUUCAAGUCUGCGUGUACGCUACAGUCAGCGCAGGGCUUAACACCUUCCUCCCAGUAAUUUCGCUCUGUGUAGGUCAAUUGGUCGAAGCGAAUGUCCCGCUGGACUCCAGAAGAAAAACAACAGAGGACCAGGGGAGGAAGUGAUCUUGUCAAUGGACGGGACAUAACAGUGCUUCAUGAGAAUAUAGGCUAAUUGCAAGGUGAUGUCGAUUGUCAAAUGAAGAGUUCUUCUAACGCGAUGUCCUUUUUGCCCUUGCAAAACCGUUGAUCAAGGAUUAUCAUUGUGCCUUGUUUUUCCUUUCCUUAAUAGCGAAUUAUUGCCCCCCUCGAAGAUAUAGCUGUCAACAGAUUCAAGGUUAUUUGGAAGUUAACAUUAAAGUAACGUAAAGUCAACAUGAAGUUUGCACAACUUUUGCUGAACGGCGCUAAGUCUAACAUACCAAAACAAGUGGAUCGCUUUUCCAAGUUUUCACCUUCACCGUUGUCGAUGAAGCAGUUCCUCGACUUCGGUUCUGCCAACGCCUGCGAGAAGACCUCCUUUGUGUUUUUACGCCAGGAGCUUCCUGUUAGACUCGCAAAUAUCAUGAAAGAGAUAGACUUCCUCCCGGACAAGCUCCUUCGCACCCCAUCUUUACAAAUGCUCCAUAGCUGGUACGCAACGAGUCUCAUGGAAUUAGUGGACUUUCUAGAAAGAGAUCCUGACGACAAAAAGGUCCUGAAAAAGUUCACAGAAACACUCGUCAACGUGCGGAAUCGACACAACAACGUGGUGCCUACCAUGGCCCAGGGCGUCCUGGAGUACAAGGAGGCCUUUGGCGUCGACCCAGUGACCAAUCAGAACGUCCAGUACUUCCUGGACCGCUUCUACAUGAGUCGUAUCUCCACCCGCAUGCUAAUGAACCAGCACUCCCUCAUAUUUGAUGGAAGUGCCAAUCCAGCCCACCCUAAACACAUAGGAAGCAUUGACCCCGUCUGUGACGUGGUGGAGGUAAUACAAGAUGCCUACGAGACGUCCAAGAUGCUGUGUGAACAGUACUACAUGACCUCCCCCGAAAUGGAGAUCAAGCAAGUGAACUCCAAAUCCCCUGACCAGCCUCUGCACAUUGUCUAUGUCCCCUCUCAUCUAUAUCACAUGCUUUUCGAGCUCUUUAAGAAUGCCAUGAGGGCCACAGUGGAGACACAUGAGGACAGUUUAACUCUCCCACCUGUUAAGGUCAGAGUAUCACUGGGUGGUGAAGACCUGACAAUAAAGAUGUCAGACAAAGGUGGUGGUGUUCCUUUGAGGAAGAUCGAGCGCCUCUUCAGCUACAUGUAUUCCACCGCACCAAGCCCGGUGAUCGAUGAGGCUCGCAAUGCUCCUUUGGCGGGAUUCGGCUACGGUCUUCCCAUUUCACGUCUGUAUGCCAAGUACUUCCAGGGUGAUCUGCAGCUUUACUCCAUGGAAGGCUAUGGAACAUCAGCAGUCAUCUACCUGAAGGCCUUAUCCUCGGAGUCUAUUGAAAGGCUCCCGGUCUUCAACAAGUCUGCCCUCAGGCAUUACCAGACGACCACAGAGGCCGACGACUGGUGUAUCCCCAGCAAGGAACCCAAGAAACUGGGGAAGUAUGAGUUUAGCGUGUAAAAUUGGACAGAGAACCGUGUGUGAUGAUAGAAGACAGCAGAAUGGAUUCACUCCUGUUUGCCCCAAGCCCCGCAAUCUGAGGACCGAAGCAAGCAGUUGGCUUGGAUGCUGUGUGUUGUGGACAUUGCUGUCUCUCUGUGAAGUUCUUUCUGUGUGACCCGUUUUGAGGGGGAUAACGCAUGUAUUAUUAUUGGUGUGGCAGGAUGUUGUUUUGACACUAUAAUGUCACAGUCAUCAGCUAAUGGGGGCAUUUGGAACUCAUAAGAGACAAAUUUCCUUUUAUUCUUUUUAACGUUUCCAUUUAUUUCUAUUGAACUCUUGAGCUUUGACUAACAGCUCCUUUUAACACUAUGAUAUUUUGCCAACAGAGUUCAAGAAUAAGCUUUUGCUUUUGUCUGACAAGACAUAGGUGCACAUGUAGAGUCAGUCAUUUCAACUACUUGAGAGUCAUUUCAAUGCAAAGAUGUAUCACUGAAUUUCACAGCAGUGAUGUAUUUGUUUCAUGUCUGAGCUCAGCGAAUUAUAUCAUUGUACUGCAGAAACACAUUGUGAAUUCAUGAUGUUUGGAUGGUCACUGUCAUGUCACAGUGUUGAUGGUGAAGGUGCUUGUCACAUUUCAAAAACCUUGACGUCUUUUUUUUUUUGUUUCCAAUGCCAAUUGGCCAUACCGAGUCUCUACAUGCAUGUUACUUCUGAAAUGCCCCAAAUCAAACUAGGCCCGAAACGUCAAGGCCAACAUGACUGGGAAAAGCCCAGUUUGGGAGAUUCAUAAACUUUUUUAUUUCCCACAAUAAGAAGCUCCUAAGACAUUGUGAGAACGUACCACUGAAAACAUGCAAAUUGUGUAGUUACCAGUAACAUCAGUUGUAACCAAUAGUAAACGGAUUAUACAGAAAUCCUCUGUCAUAAAAUGUUCUGAGAAAGUAAAAGAGUGCUUUAGGUAAAGUGUGCUUCAAGACAUUUUCUCAUUGUAUAGGCACGCCAUAGAAGAAGCCAAAUGUCCAAGUAGUUCAAAUGACCUACACCAUGUAAAAAUGAGGAGAGCCAGUCUAGAGUUUUCACAUUUAUGCAUGACUAUCAAACAGCUCACGAUGAGUUAUUGUAUAGCUGUUAUAAAGCAGGUUUUUCGUUUGUUUGUUUGUUUAAAGCCACUGCUUUUUAUUGAAAUGUUAAAUGUUUUCAAACUAUAUACCAUCAGCAAAAACUACAAGGAAAAUGGAAACUAUGUGCGUGUGUCAGUGGUAAAAGCUUGAAAGCCGUAGGGGAAUAUUGCAAUGACUUCUGGAUAUAAAAGGGAUUGGGAUUGGGAUUGGGAAUGGGUGUACAUUCAGGAGUUCCACCAGUCUCUAAAUUCACUAAGUUUCUAUUUUUUUCUCGUAUGGAUCCAUCAACCAUUAGUAUUUCCAUGACACUAUUAUACAUGUAGGUAAUUUGGUACUUAAAAUUAUCGGCUUUUGGAUGUCAAUCUAACUUUUAAAAAAAAGUCACGAUAAUUAAAGUCACGAUAUGCAAGAUAUGCUAAUGAAACUAGCCAGAGAUCUGGAGACAAACCUCCCACUUCCCUAUCAGCCUUAUGUCCAGUUUAUCAUGUGUGUUUGGCUGCCAUCCAGGAGGUCCGGUCGCUGAUUGCUGAGUUUGCCUGACCUCCUGAUUAGUUAAAAGCUAACUAGCUAUUGAGAAAUAUCCAAUAAGGAAGCAUCUCUCCCAUACUACCCCAGCUGUUCAGUAAUUCUGGUAUAGUGAAGCCUAUGAGAACAUAUAUACCCACAUUAGCACAUGCUUUUGAAUGUUUCAAACUAACAAAACAGUUACAUACUGUACCUUUAAGAGCCAAACGGUUCUUAUUUAUGUGUUAACUUUGAACACAAGAUUGUCUGUUUUCCCUUUGACCGGCUACAUGUGUUUCCCCUGCCUUAAUCAGGGUGUGGAUGUGUCAAGUAAGGACAAUUUGCCAAUCUUUUUUAUUUGCCAAUCCUGUCGAGCAAUAAGAAUCAAAUACAUUUUCUCCCAUGCCAACACAACGCAAAUAAUUGCCUCUAUUAUUCUGUUCUAUUCUACAAUCUAUUAUUCAAUUUGAGGGACCUUGAAUAAUGACAACGGUCAUUUUGUGAAGUUCAGGUAUUCUGUGUGAACAUAUCAGCCGUGUAUUGAUUGUUGCAGGCUUUCUACAUCGAUGGGGACUUUUAAUGAUUUGCACACAUAAGAAUGUGUGUGGGCCUUAAGUAUUUAUUUUUAUGAAAGACUGUUCAGUGGUGUAAAACGCAUUUGGGACUUUAAGACUAAUAGCUCUGCUUAUACUCUGUAUUUCUCUUAGCCUUUGGCCUAACAGAUAGGUAUUUGUAGCAAAGUCAGUACUUUUGUAAUACAAAAAGUACAAGCAUGGUAACACUGAAUUGCCAUUGUUUAGUUUUUACCUUUUUCAUAACAUUUAUAAUAAUAAUGGCUUAUUCUUCUAUUUUGUAUGGUCUCAGGUUUUAGAGGGUAAGCCAUAUUUUUCGCUGCUCUUGUGUGUAAUUUUUUUUCCUUGGAUGAUUUAAAUUUUUUUAUCACUCCGAUGAUUGCUGUGUCUGUGUGGUUGUAUGUACUGUACCUGGUCAAAGGAAUGAAAAGAUCGACUAAAUGGAUCUUAUUCAUUCAGUGUCCCUCGAGGGAACUGCAGAAAUGCUGGUUUUGAGUGAACUCUCAUUAAAAUUCAUUAAAUCAUCAGACUUA